AUGCGGGAAUCAAAAAUUUGCAAGCCACGUGCGGUCUGCUUUCUGACGCCCUCAACAGCGUCGGCCACGCCAGCUAGAGGAAAGCCGACUCGAACUGCGCAAUGUGAGACGCGCCCACAGCAGGACCUUGGGACGACAGAGUUCGCGGAUGAGCAGGAGAUCUCGGUAGGAGGCUUGGUUGACUCAACGUCUUCACGUGCGCAGCGGACCUGUGACUCAUCAGGAGCGGUGUGUAUUGAGCCCGUUUCAGAGUUCAGCGAGAGGCUUGUCGUGUCCACUGAAACGAACCCGCGUACCGAAGGUAACUGGUAUUUUGAGCUUCCCUGGCCAGAUGGAGGACUUUGCUCCCAAGACCAGGGAGGCGCUUGUAGAAAAGCUCCAGAUGUUCGUCUUCCGCGAGGCGCCGCCCAGGGUGGGGCAGCUGCUACGAGUGUACUGCUGAAGCACUCGGCUAGUCUUUCACGAGACUCGAGUUCUGCGAGGCGCCAGACGAAACCGGGCCCGUCCCAGACGGUUGCGUCUUUUCUUUUUAGCGCUCAAAAAGUGGUUGACGCUCCCCGGAAUUUCUUCGUAUCAAGCUGCGGAUAUGUUGCGAACGAGCCUGAUUCAGCGAAAAAUCUCUCAAAUUGCUGGCAGGUACCUCUCGAAGGUGCCUCAGACAAGCCUGCGGUCUGGAGGCAAGACGUUCAGGAAACUUCUCAUGGUUAUGAGUAUUCUCUUGCGACAGAGCGUGUUGCGUUUGAAACUGCAUCCGAUGUGCUUGCCGAUGAGGAGCAGAAAUUAUUCAACCAACAAGAAUCGAGCCAUCCUACAGUGCGGGACAACAUGUCGCCAUCCUUCUCCACAAGCGGGGACUCUACGAACGAGGAUCCUGAAAGGAACGAAAUUACUCGUUUCACGCCACCAAGAGCUCCAGCUUCGAAGACAUCGUAUGAGCGCAGACUUGCUGAGAGCAGGAAUCUGUUCCCCGUUUCAAAUCUGAAUGUUGCAGAUGCAGACCUCAGAUCUCCGUUACAUAGAAGCGCUUCACAACAUCGGAGCGAUGGAAGCCUAGCACCUCAAGUAAGAGAAAUCAGAUCUACACGACAGCUGAAUAAGAUACUCAGCGCACUAUACAAAUCAGGUCGGGCAGCGGAUGCACUCAGUUUGUGUAGAAUUGUGGAGAGAGAGGGACAUAUUGAGAUAGAUGUAGCAUCCUACUCUAUCCUUAUCUCGUGUCUUGGGAAAUGCGGCGCGUCGGCACAAGCAAUCGAAAUGUUUCACAAAAUGAUAAGAAAUGGCGUAGCGCCCAAUGCAUUCACGUUUUCAGCGCUCUUCGGAGCGUUGACUGACGGUGCCUUCUUCGAUCAGGCAAUGCGGCUCUUUCAGAUGAUCAGAGCAAGCUAUCCCAAUGAGCUUAAUGUCGUAGUAUACAAUGCCGUUCUGAAAUACGUGGGCCGGGCGGGCAGAAUCGACGCAGCGUUGGAUCUACUGGGGCAGAUGGAACAAAACCGGAACGUGCAACCAGACAUCGUAACAUACGGGACAAUACUCGAUAUUUGCGCAAAGAAGCAAGACGUCUCGCUGGCGUAUGCGGUUCUCGAUCGGAUGCGAAAACGUGGCAUGCGACCGAACAACUUCUGUUACGCGUCUCUCAUUGACGCAUGUGCACGUGCGGGUCUCCCGGACCAGGCCGAGUCUCUGUUCCGGCAACUACGAGCCGAAGGCCUGGAGUACGACUUGUUUAUCUGCAAUGCCCUGCUUGGCGCUUUCGCCCGGGCAAAAAUGGUGGAGCGAGCUUUUCAGGCCUUCGAGGAAAUGCGCAGCGCGGGCGUGCGAGGAGAUCGCAUCACCUUUAACACCUUGAUCACCGCAGCGGCGCGUGCACGCGAGUUCGACAAAGCCUGGAAAGCUUUCGAGACGAUGAAAAAGUCGAACAUUUCUGCAGACGCAACGACAUACAAUGCUCUGAUUGAUGCCUGUAGCAAGAGCGGCAUGACUGAGCUGGCGUUUGCGCUUUUCAACGAAAUGCGCCAAGCUCAUCUGCAGCCGACGAUCUUUACCUUCAAUGCUCUCAUUGGAGCAUGCACGAAAUUACAGGAUAUGCGCAGAGCCACGCAGGUUUUAAUGCUCAUGCAUGGCUUUGGUGUGUAUCCGGAUACAUUUACACUGAACAUUCUUUUAACAGCAUGUGCGCGGAACGAAGACUUUGACUAUGCGAUAAGUUUGGUUCGGGAGUUCGAAACGAAUUAUCGCGUUCGCCUGGAUCGCCUCGGUUCUAGCAUUGUAACAAACCUUUGCAUCAAAGCGUGCGACUCUCAAUCAAGGGACCGUUGCUUGAGGCUUCUUGAGGCUGCAGUACUCGAAGGCUACGAAACAUUACGAGAGGUUCGAGAUCGAGCUCGUAGCGCUUUCGCAAACCCAAUGACUGGCUCAUGA